GGUUCUCUUAUCAGCGUUUAGUUCCACAUUAUAGACGUCCUUAGAUAAGACUUGGAAUAAUGAAUAUCGGGGUUGUUAUUUUAAGUAUAUCUCUUUCAGUUAAUUUGGUGGUAUGCCUUUGUCCAGAAGCAUUUGAACGGCAUGGCACAAAAUGUUACCAAGCUAUCGGACUGUUGGCGUCAUGGGCUGAAGCAAAGCGCCUCUGUAACAUACUAGGAGCAGAUUUAGCCGUUAUUGAAUCUGCAACUGAGGAAGCCAUAGUAGAGGGAAUACUCAAACGAAAACAUGGUUCUGUCAGUCCUGAAAACUAUUGGAUGGAUGGUUCCGACUUUUUAGUCGAAGGUGAAUGGAGAUGGAUGGGGGAAGACGGAAAUUCUAGACCAAUAACCGGCUAUACUGCAUGGUCACCCGGACAACCUGAUAACGCCGGUACAAACGAGCACUGCCUAGAGAUUCGUUAUUCGUUUGGAGUCCAUUGGAAUGAUUAUGAAUGUGAUCAUAAACAGAAUUUCAUCUGUCAAGCUCCAGCGAAUCCUAAUGGAAAUGAAAUUAUUGGCUAGCUCCAUUCUAUUGAACAACCAAUGGAAAUACAACAUCGCGUAUAACAAAUUCCAAUAUGAAUAA